CGGAUCAUUCCAAUGUCCUUGUAGUGUUUACAAGGGGAAGGGGUUAACGCGUGAUUUCUUUUCUUUACAGUUAACCUGUCAUCGAUCAAUCCAAUAUUCACUGGCUAUGGCCACAGUCUAUCCUUCAACUUAGUCAAAUUUACUUACACAUUGAUGAUUGAGCUGCCAUAUUUUAUUGCCCUAACGGCCUAACCUAGUUGCUCUUACUCAACAGCUCAAGUCUCAUCAAAUUAAUUUUUUUCGUAAAUAUGGUGUGUGAAAAAUGUGAGAAGAAACUUGGAAAGGUGAUCACUCCGGAUGUUUGGAAAUCGGGAGCCCGAAACACAACUGAGAGUGGAGGAAGGAAAAUAAAUGAAAACAAGCUGCUGACUUCUAAAAAGAAUAGAUUUAACCCAACUACUACUCAAUUCAAGGAGUGCAGAAUAUGCCGCACCAAAGUGCAUCAGGUUGGAGGAAACUACUGCCAAGCAUGUGCCUAUAAGAAAGGCAUAUGCGCCAUGUGUGGCAAGAAGGUCCUCGACACUAAGAGCUAUUGCCAGUCAUCUGCCUGAGACGGAAAUUUCAUGCUCCUUUCUUCUUAUUAUUUGCUAAAGAUUCGAUCAUAUUGAAUUUAGAUACAUGUAGAUGCUCCGACCAAUGCAGGUUGCAUUGUUCUCCAAAAUGCUCGACUCGAGUGAGAACGCCACGCACAUCAAUUUUGGCUAUGUCUGACAUGCCUGUUUGGUCGAUUUAUUAUAAUAAAAUUAACCCUUUGUGUUGUUCAUCAUAAUCCAUUUGGUUAUCUAUGUAUACAGCUUAAAACGGAGUUCAAAAUCUUGAUCUUUUCUAAUUUCACGUUUUGAAUACCUACUCAGUAUCGAUUUGAGAAAAUAGCUAAGUAAUAAUGAAACCAGAAAUAUCAGACCUUAACAUUUUGUCAGGUAUAAAUGAAAAUCAUUUCAAAUGUUGCUUUUACUCACAAAGAUCGUAGUGUAUAGAGUGCUCCUUCGACAAUGUUUUGCCACGGGGCAGAAAUUUUAUUUCCUAUGAAUUACCUUUCAACAAUACUAAUUUUAUUAAUGACAUUUGCAAUAGAUAUUCAAAACGCGAUUAAAAGUUAAAUUGGCGAAAUAUA